GGGCCCCACGCCUUUGGCGCCACAGAAUCGGGGAUCCAGAAUCCAGGCAUUCCUUCUGAGCUUUGGACCAAGUGGGUCAUUCAGGUUAUUCGGUCAAAAUGAUGCACGUCCUUUGGUGGUGCAAGAAAUUCCUCUACAGAUUCUACAGUAGCCAUAAGAGUCCUCAUCAGUAUCGCCACCCAAGCCCUGCAGGAGGUGAUGGAAGACACUGGAUUGCACUUCAUCCGCUUCAUUGCUCGCCAUCGAGCCGCCGGCGGUCACUUCACCCGUUCGGAUGGCGUUCAGUGUCCGAAAAGCAAUUCCGAUUGGAGAGAAACCUCACGACGGCCUUGGAGCUGGCACACCGCACAGCGGAGGCGGCGGCCAUGCUGCAGAACGACGUGCCAGAGCCUCAGCCGCCGGAGGAGCCCUUGCCGCCGGAGGAGCUCUUUCAGACGUUGGAUGACCUAUCCAUGGUGGAAUCUCCCAGCAGGAGUUCCAAAACAGUGGAAGAGCUGGACCUCUGUGCUGACACCAUGUCGCGGCUGAUUGAGAAGGUGGCGCACAUUGAUGGGGUGCUACAGGCCGAAAUCGAGUCUGAUGAGGUGAACCUGGACAUCCAGGAGACGCCCGCGGAGGCGGUUGCCAAGAACCCGGGCCCUGCCUUGAUGGCCGCGCGCGAGGUGCCCACGCUCUUCAAAGAGCUCGAUGGUCAUUUGCCUCGCUCCAAGUUAAAGGCCUACGACGUGCUCUUGCGUGCUGGAGCAGUCGAGAUCCAUCGAUAUGUGGAGGAGCAGAUGCAUGGCGCCUUGGACCGACGAGAUGAUGGCCUACAAUGGGCUCAAAAGGUGCUCAACAAGAAGGAUCGCAACCCCGCUGGGCACUCGCAGUGGUGCAAGCGAGCGCUGCAGAAGUUGGGAGGUGAGCGCGAGGAUCGGAGGAUCCUCUUUGGCUUGGGGGCCGACGGCGUCUUCAAGUGAGAUCCCGACGCGCCAGGGCUAGGUGAGUCAGGGAAUUGCGAACGCAAUUCACUAGUGGAUGUGGAUGAUAGGUCAUGUAAGAUUUGGUACGAAAGGAGCAGGAAAGUGACGAAC